CAUCUUCUUGCCCGAACCAGACUCCUCCCCGUGUCGUGUUCGCGAAACCCUAGCCGCGCGCCGCCGCCGCCGCCGUCAAGCUCACCAAGCCGCGAGGCGAGAUCCACGACCUAGGGGGAUAGGAGGCGGAGGAGAGGGAGGCAGCGAUGGCCGCCGAGAACUACUGGAGGUUCGCCGACGCGCGGCAGCAGCAGGCCAUGGUGGCGGCGGCGGCCGCCGCGGCGGGGAUGGCCCCCACGGCGGCGACUGUCGCGACGGCCGGCCAGGCCGCGGCGGGCAUGCCCCCGCAGGCCGCCAUGGCGCAGCAGGCCGCCGCCGCGCCGCCGCUCAAGCGCGCGCGCCCCGACUACGGAGAUGUGCCUGCAGGACAAGACAUGACUGGUUAUUAUCCACGUGAGACUGACAGGACAGGUUACCAUGCACUGAGAGAGAAUGAGGCUAUCGGAGCAUCCUAUGAUCGCUACUUGCGUAAUGGGAUGCCUUCUGUUGCUGCCACUGAAACCAAUAGGCCAGUUGUUGGUGGUAUGGGUGGAAUGGGUGGAAUGGGAGGCUAUCCUGUUGAUGAUCGUCGGAUGAUUGGUGUUGGCAUGGACAGCAGAGGUAUGGGCUAUGGUGCAAGGCCCGAGCCUCCUCUCCCAGCAGAUGCAUCAAGCACUCUGUACGUUGAAGGCCUGCCUGCAAACUGCACACGAAGGGAGGUGUCACAUAUAUUUCGCCCUUUUGUAGGUUUUCGUGAAGUCAGACUUGUCAACAAGGAGUCAAGACACCCUGGAGGAGAUCCUCAUGUCUUGUGCUUUGUUGAUUUUGAUAACCCUGCGCAAGCUACUCUUGCUCUUGAAGCAUUGCAAGGUUAUAAGUUUGACGAACACGAUCGUGAUUCAGCCCAUUUGCGGCUGCAGUUCUCACGCUUUCCUGGUCCGAGGUCAGCUGGCGGGCCUCGUGGUAGGCGUUAAGUCGCGCGAGUCUGGUUUUGAGGUGCUUGCGGAACCUACGUUUAUACGAGCGUUCAAACUCUGCGGCGUAACGCUUCUAUAUUGCGCUGAUAUCUCCGCCGGUGGCUUCUUCGUAGGGUUCGGCAUCUCAUGGUUUGAAAUCGUGAAAGGGAUGAUGCAAUAAUCGAUAUUCAGUCUCCAUUAGAUUGCGUACCGUAUGAUAGAAAAUUGGAACUCUGAGAGUACUUCCUCAUACUGUAUCUGCUUCCUUAAUAUUUAUGGUCAACUGUAUUUGUAUCUCGCGGCGUCACCCAGACAGUAUGGCUUGUUAUCAGGUUAUUGUUAUCUCUAGUUAACAUUUGCUUCCCUUUUUUUUGGGCAUAUUUAGUAAUUUUAAGAGCUUACUGUUUCUCGCAAAUACAUGACAACAUCUUAGGUUUAAUCUAAUAUAAUGUAAUCCUUUUGCCUUUCUGUGGUGUUAUUAUUUGCCUUAAUAUAUGUAGUUGCGCUGGACGUGAGUACUAGCUUUGGUAA